CUCUCAGAGAGGCUUUCUUUGCUCUGAUUGGUCAGAAGAGCAUCUCUCUUGCUCUGAUUGGUCAGAUGCGUGCGCAUGAAAGAUCACGCGCUCUUGUUGUUGCCGGUGGACAGUAGCAGACAUUUAAAUGCGUAUAGUUUUUAAGCGACAUUUAUCCAAAUCAUCCGAUAUUUUACGUGUUAAUUCAUUUUUCCUUCCUAUUACAAAGCUGAGAAGAAAUGCAUAAAGGCUCGUGCAUUCAUUUAACUGUUAGCUUGAACGCACGUGUAUCCUCUGUCCAUUGGAAGUAAAGCUAGUCUCGGUUGUUAUAAACAAUUAUGAAUCAGUAUCUGCUUGUUCUUCUUUCUUUUGUGUAUGUAUUGUCGGAUUCGGAUUUUGCAAAACAAGAUGGUGCCCCGCCUUCUAAAAUAGCUGUUGUUGGAGCCGGAAUCGGAGGAACCGCUACAGCUCAUUUCCUGAGGCAACACUUCGGGCCAGAAGUGAGAAUUGAUGUAUUUGAGAAAGGCUCAGUCGGUGGUCGACUGGCUACAGUUACCGUCAACCAGCAAGACUACGAGUCCGGGGGAUCCAUCAUCCAUUCCCUCAACCUGCACAUGCAAGACUUUGUCCAGCAACUGGGGCUGAAGUACCGUAAGAGCGUGGCUGGGAAAACAGCCGUGUUUAAUGGAGAGGAGUUUAUCCUGGAGGAGACUGACUGGUACCUGCUGGAUCUGUUUCGCCUGUGGUGGCGCUACGGGAUCAGCUUCAUCCGCCUGCAGAUGUGGGUGGAGGAGAUCAUGGAGAAGUUCAUGAGGAUCUAUAAAUACCAGGCCCAUGGCUACGCCUUCAGCUCAGUGGAGGAGCUGCUGCACUCUCUGGGCGGUUCAGGCUUCAUCAACAUGACCCGCAGCUCUCUCUCCGAAUCUCUGCUCGAACUGGGCGUCUCCCAGCGCUUCAUUGAUGAGGUCAUAGCCCCCAUCAUGAGGGUCAACUACGGCCAGAACGUCAGCAUCCCUGCGUUUGUCGGUGCCGUGUCUCUCGCUGGUGCACAGGCCAACCUCUGGGCCGUGGAGGGAGGAAACAAGCUGGUUUGCUCAGGACUGCUUAAACUAGCAAAAGCUAAUCUCAUCCAGAGUCCAGUUACAACCAUUAGCCUACGAUCAGCAGGAGAUUACCACCAGUAUGAGCUCACCUACGACUCUCAAAAUGAAAAGACAUCGGAGCUCUAUGAUAUAGUAGUGGUAGCCACGCCUCUCCAACAAAACGUCAACUCCGGCAUCUCAUUCCAGGGCUUUGAGCCACAACUCCCGGAAAUGACGGGCUCCUACCACCAAACCGUGGCCUCCAUCAUCCACGGCUACCUAAACUGCACCUACUUCGGCUUCCCCGACCCAAAGCUUUUCCCGUUUUCAAGCAUCCUUACCACAGACACUCCCGGACUGGUCUUCAACAGCGCUGCCAGCGUGUGUCCCGUCAACAUAACCUCCGGCUUCCGCAGGAAACAGCCUCAGGAGGCCGGCGUUUACAAGGUGUUUUCCCCAGUGCCUCUGGGCAAGAAUGAGCUGAAGACUCUUUUUAAGUCCUAUUACUCCGUGCAGGUCACGGAUUGGUUGGCGUACCCUAGUUAUGGAAGCACGCACGGUUUGCCACCGGUGGAGCUGCACGAAAACUUGUACUUCCUCAAUGGAAUCGAAUGGGCUGGAAGCGCGAUGGAAAUGAGCUCGGUGGCGGCUAAGAAUAUAGCGCUGUUAGCAUACCACCGCUGGAACAGACAAGUGGAGAUGAUUGACCAGAAAGACCUCAUGCACAAAGUGAAGACAGAACUGUGACACACUCAUCACAUGACACUGGAAUUUAACAAGGAGGAUUAAACUUCCACAACAGCCACACAACACGGCGCAUGUCUUGGUUUUACUAUUUUGAUGCUAAAUCAGUUGCAUGUCUGCCAGAUGUUUGGCGAACACGAACAGCAGUGCGGUCUCGGGCUAAACGCUUGAUCUUUAAUGUGUGGGACGUCUUCUCCGUGACUGACCGACUUCAUGGCCGGGUCAGUCAUGAAGAGAUUUGAAGAGUAAAUCUAUAUUUAAGUGUUUUUAUUUUUGCUGAAGAUGUCAUGCCCUAUCCGGAUGUGAUUAGUUUAACAAGGGUAGAUGGUGUAAUACUGUAAUUUUACCACAGGACUAACGUUUCUGUAGUAUUAAUGGCCACGGAAAUUAGUAUUAGUAUUAAUUAGAAAUUAGUAUUAAAUUUCUAAAUGGUAUUAGAAAUGUCAGUAAAACCAGAAGAAGUGGGAGGGGUAACUCGAUUUACACCUGCUGUCAUCAUUUGCUUCCUAAUAUCACGUGCGCAAACACACACACAUAUGAUAAAUAUAUAUACAUAUAUAAUAGGCACUUACCUAAAGCUAAAAUAAGAUUAAAGGAGUAGUUCACUUUUAAAAAAAACUUUUGCUGAUAAUUUACUCACCCCCAUGUCAUCCAAGAUAUCC